GAGAAAUUGACAUCGACUUCACAUUUAGUCUUUGCUCGAGCUCGCUGUGUUGCACGACUAGUUCUAUCUGCCGGGGCGAUGGUGAUGCAGUUGGUCAAAUGACGUUGAAGUUGAACCGAAAUUUGCGGGGGUAGCUUUGCCUGAUGGGGCCGCCUUAUCUCACAUAUUGCCCAAGGAGGCUGGCUAACUUAUGCCGGACCCAGUGCCAUGCCUCGUGUUGCGGUUUGCAUACGAGCCUAGUUGCAGAAAGUGACCGAUGACGGCACGUCGCUUAUUAUAUGCUCCGAGAGGACGAUGAUAUUAAGAACUUGGGGAACAACUUGAAACCUCAGAAGUCGACCCACCUGUUAUUUGUUACAUGUCUACUGGCAUGAUCAUCCUCUUUGUGACUGUAGUCACAAUUUACUUCUACAGCCGUCGGCGCAGUAGAUUACCACUACCUCCUGGGCCACCUCCAAAAUUUUUCACCGGAAAUGUUCAUCAACUGCCGAAGAAGGAGCCUUGGCGGAUGUAUGCUACGUGGGCUGAGACCUAUGGACCCAUAUUCUCCUUCCGUGUGCCUAACCGGCAGUUCAUAGUGCUCAGCUCCCUAAAAUCAGCCACUGAAUUGCUCGACUCACGUGCCACUACGUAUUCUGAUCGUCCAAUAAUAUGGAUGUACACAGAACUCGCGAAGCGCAGCCUGCCCCCGUUCAAUAUAUCUUUCAAUCACCCGUAUUUCAAGAAGUAUCGCACGGUCUUUAAAUUCAGUCUGAGUCCUCGCACGAUACAAAGCUACCAGUCGCUUCAAACUGAACAAUCUCGUGUGCUGCUUAAUGAUUUGCACCAGAACCCUGAACAAUUCGCCGAUCACAUUAGAAGGAACGCAGGCGCCAUCGUACUUAAUCUCGCAUACGGCUGGAAGGGCACCGAGAGUGACGAUUAUUUCCUUGCUAUCUUGCGAGAAUGCGAUGACAUCAGCACUGUCCUAUUACAGCCUGGACGUUGGUUGGUCGAAGUGAUACCAUCAUUACGUUUCAUACCUUCAUGGUUUCCAGGGGCAAGUUUCAAGCGCGUGGCCUUUGAUCUCGGGCAAAAGUUAAGUAGGCUUGACACAAUGUUAUUUGACUGGACCAAACAGCAAAUACAAAGCGGCAGCUAUACGCACUCCUUCGUUUCAGAACAGCUCCUUCCAGAUGAUGGGUCCACGGUCGGUGCUCAACACGAAGAAAUCGUCAAGUGGUGCAGUCAAGGGAUCUAUAGAGGGGGAGUAGAUACCAUAGCAUCAUCUGUCACAUCUUUUAUUCUGGCGAUGAUGCUCUAUCCCGAGGUGCAGAAGCAUGCGCAGGCAGAGAUCGAUUCCGUCGUGGGCCAGGACCAAUUUCCCACCUUCGAGGACAGAAACAAGCUCCCGUAUAUUGGAGCGCUCAUCCUCGAGCUCCUCCGAUGGGCACCUGUGGCUCCGCAAGGACUCCCGCACCACGCAAUGAAAGAAGAUGUCUACGAAGGGUACCGCAUACCCAAGGGUGCGACCAUCGUCCCAAAUAUUUAUUCCAUGUCCCGGGAUAAAGAGAUGUACCCCGACCCAUUGGAGUUCAGACCCGAGCGUUUCCUGGGUCCCUCGCCCCAAUUGGACCCACGCAAGUUCGUCUUUGGGUUCGGGCGCCGUGCAUGCCCUGGAUUUCAUUUUGCUGAAGCAUCAUUGUAUAUCAAUAUUUGUUGUAUUCUUGCUGCGUUCACGAUCGCCAAACCGCUUGAUGAGAGAGGAGAAGAGAUCACACCUCCUGCAGAGUUCGAGAGUUUUGGUGCGCUCUGGUACCCUAAGCCCUUCAAGUGCAAGUCCAUCCCAAGGAACAAGGAUUUGUUGGCAACUCUUUCGCAAUGACCAGGACAUUAACCCACUUGAAGUAAACUCCACAGAUUAGUGAAUUUCUACCCCGUCGCUACGGUCACGCAGCCAUAUGGUUUUUCUCGUCAGUAGCAAACCUCAUCGAAUUGAAUACCGUCGAUGUAGCCUAUGGACUCGGACAAACGCUCGUCUUUACCCUAUGUCCGCUCUCGUCGUCAUUUCGCUAUGUUCACGUUUCCUGCUGUCACGCCCAUAACAAGUCAGAAUUUCUUAUCAGAUC